AUGGCGGGAAUGUAUACGGGACCUGUCGCACAUCACUACAAACCGAGAGUCGCCUACAUGUAUGACCAAGACGUUGGCAACUUCUACUAUGGACAGGGACACGUCAUGAAGCCGCACCGGAUUCGACUGGCCCACAACUUGAUCAUCAACUAUAACCUCUUCGAUAGGCUCCUUAUUUGUGUGAGUGUUUUCUUUGAAUGUGAGAAAUUUACUAACUCUCUGCUUUUCAGAGACCAAAAAAAGUGGGACCCGAGGUUAUGAAAACGUUUCACAGUUCUGAAUACGUCGAUUUUCUGGAGAUGGCUUGUUCGAAGACUUCCAAAUCUUACAGCAGGCAACAGAUUGAAUGUGAGUGUUCAUUGAAGAUUCAACUUGUUGAGAGAGCCAGCUAUUCUUAUAGAGAUAUGCAAAACCAAGGGAAAAACGGACCGUCCCUCGCAUUGUUUAUACAUAGAAUCGUCUUACCGAUGCUAAGUGCCCAACGAAGUUUCUUCAACUAGGUGCGCGUGGGUGGAAACAAGUGUAAAUAGACAGAUUCUUCGGAAUGUCUGUGAAUGGUUCUAGAAAGAUCAGUUCCACGUCGAGUAUUUGAUAUUUUAGUAACUGAGAGGGCCCAGAAACAUGUCACAGAUCCUUAAUAACGUAAAUUUCAGUCAACAUUGGUGAUGAUUGUCCAAUUUUCGAUGGACUUUUCGAUUUUUGCUCGAUCAGCACAGCAGGAACUCUCAAAGCUGUUGAGAAAUUGAACAAUAGAGAAUUUGGCAUUGCCAUCAACUGGAUGGGAGGAUUGCACCACGCCAAAAAAAUCGAAGCUUCUGGUUUCUGUUUCAUCAAUGAUAUUGUAAUUGGAAUUCUGGAACUUCUCAAGCAUCACCAACGAGUCCUUUACGUUGACAUUGACGUGCAUCACGGAGACGGCGUCGAAGAGGCGUUUUACCAAACCGACCGUGUGAUGACUGUAUCUUUCCACAAAUAUGGCGACGAAUACUUCCCAGGAAGUGGAGCACUGAAAGAUAUCGGAUAUGGUCAAGGAAAGCUGUACUCGCUGAAUGUGCCUCUCAAGGAUGGAAUCACGGACAAAUCGUACCAUAGCAUCUUCAAUCCAAUCAUGACUAAGGUAAUGGAGAGCUACCGUCCAGGUGUUGUCGUCUUGCAAUGCGGAGCUGAUUCUCUCACCGGCGAUCGCUUGGGACCAUUCAAUUUGACACUCAAGGGUCACGGAGAAUGCGUUAAUUUCUUCCGCAAGUACAACUUGCCUCUCCUGCUGCUCGGAGGUGGCGGAUACACACCAAGAAACGUGGCACGCUGUUGGGCCUACGAGACGGCUCUUGCUUGCGGCGUGGAACUUCCGAACGAGAUUCCCGACAAUGAGUACAUGGAAUUUUACGGUCCCGACUACAAACUUCACCUUGAUUCGUCGAUCGAAAACAACAUGAACACUCCGCGGGAGUUGGAGAGGCUGACGAACCAUGUGCUCCAAAAUCUCCAGCAGCUCACUUUCGCGCCGAGUGUUCAGAUGAGACGUAAGUCAUUCCUGUAAACUUGGUCAUCUUCGGAAGGACAGUUACGUUUCUAUUAUUUGUGAAAGGGAGAUAAGAGGAACAAACUGUCAAAAUCUAUGAGAAAGUGAUAAGCUAGUCUAGAGGAGUAAAGCUUACUUCAAAUCAGACACUGUCCACUGUGUCCAGGAAACUUAAUUUCAUGUUUUCAGCCAUUCCGCCGAGUGCUCUCGCCGAAACGAAUGAUGACGAAGAGUCAGAUGAUCCGGAAUCGCCUCCACCGAGAACUCUCGAGGACGAAGGAGAAUUCUACGAUUCUGAGCAGCCAUCAACGUCGACUGCACACCACUAUGGAACCCGUCGGAACACUCACGAUGCCAAACGCGCGGCGGAAGCCAGUUUGCUCAAUUCGAGCCAUAAGCGACCGAAGCAUUAG